GAUAAUUGUAUCAUAAUCCUUCAUUUAAAACAGUAUUAUAUCUAAAAAUCUCCACGAAAUUUAUGUACUUUUGAAAUGAUAUCCCAAAUUAUCCAUUUAUUCGAACACAGAAACUCCUUCAAAUAUUAUUUUUUCUACUUUCUUAAAUUAAUUUACAGCAAAAAAAUAGAAUUUUUUUUCGUUCAAAUAUGAUUUAUUUACAUAUGAAUCCGCCCACUUAAAUGGACUUCGUUCUUCUCGCACGUUUGUCGCCAUCCAAAUUACCGCAACGUUAGAAACCCUUUAUGAAUAUUAAUUAAUUUAGUCCAUUUUUGUAUUUUUUGUUCUCUCAUUAAAUGAAUUUCUUAUAAAAGGAUUCAUACAUAUGUUCUUCUACCAAUCCAUUGCGAUUGCGCGCAUCUUGUUCGUUUGCUUGCAAUGAAACAAUUGAAUCUUUGCCUUCUCUGUCUCCUCCUCUGUUUUCCUUUGUUUCAUGGAAGAUCUCCGAGGACUUCAGCUAACUCUGGAGGCACCAGAGAUGGAUUAGAAACGUGGGGAUAUGUUGAAGUCAGGCCAAAAGCGCAUAUGUUCUGGUGGCUAUAUCUGAGUCCCAAUGCAGUUCAGAAUGGCUCUACGCCAUGGCCAACGGUGCUGUGGCUGCAAGGAGGACCAGGAGCUUCAGGUGUUGGAAUGGGAAACUUUGAAGAGAUUGGGCCGUUGGAUACCAACCUCAAGCCUAGAAACUCCACUUGGCUGCAGAAUGCAAAUCUUCUGUUCGUGGAUAAUCCCGUGGGAACUGGAUAUAGUUAUGUGGAGGAUUCCAAGUCCUAUGUAACUACGGAUGAGGAAGCUGCCACCGACUUAACAAUUCUUCUAAAAAACCUUUAUGAAGACAAUCAUAUGCUUCAGAACAGCCCUUUAUAUGCAGUAGCUGAGUCUUAUGGAGGAAAAUUUGCUGUUACUCUCGCCUUAUCCCUUUCCAAAGCCAUUAAAGCAGGAGAAUUAAAGCUCAACUUUUCUGGCAUUGCUUUAGGAAAUAGCUGGAUUUCUCCGGAAGAUUUUGUGUUAUCAUGGGGACCUUUAUUAAGAGAUGUAUCAAGGCUGGAUGUUAAUGGCGAAGCACAAUCAAACAAACUAGCAAAGAAAAUCCAGGAACAAAUUACAAAUGGGCAGUAUUCUGCUGCGACUGGAACUUGGACUGAACUUGAAAGGGAAAUUACUGUGCAGAGCAAUUAUGUAAACUUCUAUAACUUUCUGUUAGAUGACUCAGAAACAAUAGCCGCUUCAACUUCUGAAGCUUCGGUGAAGAAGGUGAUAGGGAAAUAUGCAAAGAAGGUUAGAAGUUCUAAGCCUUCUUCUGCUGCAAGUCUUGCGGACCUCAUGGAUGGUGUCAUCAGGGAUAAGCUUAAGAUAAUUCCAAAGAAUGUAAGUUGGGAUGAACAAUCUUCUUAUGUCUUUGGAUCUUUGGUAAAUGAAUUUAUGAGGCCAAGGAUCAAAGAGGUUGAUGAGCUCUUGUCCAUGGGAGUUGAUGUGACCAUAUACAAUGGACAGGUUGAUCUCAUAUGUGCAACAAAGGGUGUGGAGGCCUGGGUCCAAAAGCUGAAAUGGGAAGGUUUACAGAACUUCAGCAAUGCUGAGCGAAGCCCUUUGUACUGUGAAAAUGAGGGAGUCACUGCUGCUUUCAAGAAGAGCUAUAAGAAUCUGCAUUUCUAUUGGAUACUUGGUGCAGGGCAUUUUGUGCCGGUGGAGAAACCGUGCAUGGCGUUGAAGAUGAUAGGUGAAAUUACCCAAUCCCCGGCGAAGAGCUCACCGUAGAGGUUCUUUGAGAUUCGUGCCACACAAAUUAUUGCCCAAUGUACUGUGAUGAUGAAGAAAUGGUUGCUUUUGGGUUUAAAAUGUAAUUUUUAUAU